AUGACCGAUCUAAUGGGUGAUGAAGAAGGAGUGGCACAGUGGGAUGAGGCGCGAACCAAAGCUGGACUCCUACAAGAAACCAAGAGAGACAGUGGUUCGCACUUUUUGCACAGACGAAUCAAUAAGGCCACCCCAACACGGCAGUUUCACCUGCCUAUUCGUCACAUGUAA